UGAAGAUGAGAUGAGGUCGAAUAGAGACCAAAAUGGCUUGACUCGAUCCACCUCACCACAAACAUAUUAUAUUAUUAUUUUUUCUUGUGUUUGGUAUAGAUGUAGAAGAAGAAGAGUAAGUGGGUUACAACGAGAAAGGUUGGUCUUUUGGUUUUUGACAUUUCAUUAAUUGGAGACAGCCUAUGCACCCUACUUGUGUUGUGGGCACCCACUAGCAGCUUUUUUGUCUCCUUAUUUUUAUUAUUAUUAUUAUACUCUCUCUUCUUCUCCACACCCCAACAAGCAAGCAACUAAGUUUUCAUUGGCAUAUAAAUGUUUUUUCUUGUAAGAGAGUUUUUUUUUCGUUUCACUCCUUCGACAGUAAAUGGUGUUUUUUCUGUCAAGUAGUGUUGUGGAAUCUGAGGAGUUUGUUGCUGUUGUGCAUGCAGAAAAGUAGCAAUUAUAGCCUUAGAAAAACAGAAGAAGAAAGAAAACAAAAACCAUUCCUUAAAGUAAGAAGGAGUAGCACGAACAGAAUCAUGAGUGCACGAGUGUUUUCAUUGAUGGGUUUUUAGAAGAGCAAACACAGCUUCUUUUCCAGCCUUUAUUAACCGUUUCUUUUUCCCCCACUCUCUCACACUCUCAUAUUUGUCUUUGGAUUUUGUGUUUUGUUUUUUAUUUUUAUUUUUAUUUUGUUUUGUAUUUGGGAUUUUUGGGGGUUGCUUACUUCUGUUGGGAAGUUCUAGUAUUUGAUAGAGUACCACUUCUUUAAUGUCUCAACAAAGGCAAACCCAGAUGGUGGGUGGUAACAACCCUGACCAAUAUAAUGACACAACUUUCACCAAAAUCUUUGUUGGAGGAUUGGCUUGGGAGACUCAGAGGGACACAAUGAGGAGGUAUUUUGAGCAGUUUGGAGAGAUCUUAGAGGCUGUUGUCAUCACAGAUAAGAACACUGGGAGAUCCAAGGGUUAUGGCUUUGUCACAUUUAAGGAUCCUGAGUCAGCCAUGAGAGCAUGUCAGAAUCCAUCUCCAGUUAUUGAUGGUAGGAGGGCUAACUGCAACCUUGCUUCUCUUGGUGCAAGCAAGAACCGACCACCAACUUUUCAGCAUGGUGCAGGACGGUUCAGGCCUCCACCUGGACUAGUGGCAUCACCACCUGCUUAUCAUGGUUCUUCAUCUACAUUUUUCCAUCAACCCCCUAGGCAAUACACAUUUCCUUAUUCAGCUUACAGAUAUUCUGGAUAUUCACAAGACACCUUGUAUCCUACGAGUUAUUAUAAUGUCUAUGGAGUUCAGCAGUUUUCACCUUACUACCCUUCUUCUGGAGCUUCUGGGGAAGUUGGGUUGAUCCACAAUAUCUACCCCUUUUAUGGUCAAUAUGCACAGAGUAUUCAGGCUCCUGGUUUUGGGGUUCAGUACCCCCAAAUGGCACAGUUUCCAUUUUUGCCUCAGCAUUAUGGCUCCAGCACUGGGAUAUUGUCAUAUCCUUCUUCAGUGACAGUGCCAACUACUAGUGCAGUAACAGGAAUUGCAACCACAACUACAACUACAACAACAUCAGCAAGUGUGGCAGCAACAGUGGUUGGUACUACUUCACAAGCCUCUCAAGCAGCUUCUGAACAAACUUCCACAUCUACAAGGUCACAGAACUUGCAAGGCUAAUUAACCACAUCAAAAGCUGAAUUCAAAGUAUAAGGAAUUUGUUAGAUAAAGCUUUGCGCCCCUAACCGACCUUAACCCCAUUCUCAUUUUUCAUCAUGACAAAACUCAAAAAGUCAUCAUCAUCAUACAUGUUUGUUUUAGGAAAUUAGGCUUUAUUAUUAUUUAAUUUUUUUAAAGUAGGUUGUAGAAGUAGGUGAAGAUCAUACUCAUUCAUGUAUUCAGCAUUGGGUAGAAUCUAACUAUUUGAGCUUUGGAUUCUACCUUUUAGAGUAAUUCAACCAAAGAUUAUUAUGUCUUGGGUGAUGGGAGCAUCCAAUGACAUAGUCCUUUGUUUAUAGUAUUUCAGCAGAUGGGGUUCAAAAGAUCAUUUUAUAUCUUUUGAACUUUCCAUUGGCCAGUCAAAUAGGAAGACAAAAUUGAGCUUGGAUGGCUCAAUAGGCUAGCAAGCAUUUUAUUUUUUCUAUUGUCAUUCAUGAUUGAUUUUUUUUUUGUUUUUGCAAAAGAUAGGAUUAGUCCAAAAGUAAAACAUAACGUUUAUUGUUUCUCUCUCUUUUUCACAUAUAAUCAUGUUUUUACCAUUCAUGUUUCGCUGUCACGUUACAUUCUUUUUGUUAUAGAUAAAGAUUAUUCUUCUUUUGCAUCAAUUAAGUGUCUUUUACUCUCUGAACAACUGCAAACGUAUAUGGAAUCCAAUGGAGCUAUCAUAUGUGGUGUCAAUAGUUGUUGGUACCUUUCGAAUGCUUUUUUAAGCAUACUAUUAUUAAUAUGAGGAUGGGGUGAUUGGCAUCACUUUUCUUGACCAA